GUGAGAUAGACAAGGCAGAAACACAGAGAACUUGUACCUCUCCGUUCCCCCAAACAGCUCAGUCAGGAGGGCAGGCUGGGGCUCUGCAGCAAGGCUCUUACCAGCCGAGGACAAUGGCCUUCCAGAUGUUAGCACCAAAGUGAGAAGUAGAUCCACAGAGAGUGGUGCUUCAGUUUCCUUGCCUUUGCCUUUACCAAACCAGAAUUGGGAUGUCAGGAGUUUCAGAGGAGGACCCAGAGGUUCUGGGCCCCCAGGGUCUGCCAGCGAUGGGCGGAGCCUGCUUAGCUACCAUGGACAAAAAACUUAAUGUGCUGACUGAGAAGGUCGACAGACUCUUGCAUUUCCAAGAAGAUGUCACAGAGAAGCUGCAGUGUGUGUGUCAAGGCAUGGACCACCUGGAACAAGAUCUGCAUUGGCUGGAGGCUUCCCGGGAGUUGGGUCUGGCAGGGCCGGGCAGCACUCCCCCAACUACCGCUCAGGCUGCGUGGCCUGAGGUCCUGGAGCUGGUGAGGGCUGUGCGGCAGGAGAGUGCCCAGCAUGGUGCCAGGCUCGAAGCCCUCUUCAAGGUGGUGGUGGCUGUGGACAGGGCUAUUACUUCGGUAGGGUCCACAUUCCAGAAUUCCAAGGUGGCUGAUUUCAGCAUGCAAGGAACGGUGCCCGGGAGGAAAGGCAGUCUGGCCGAUGGCCCUGAGGAGAACAAGGAGCAAGCAGACACUGCUGGAGUGAAGCCAAAGCGUGUUCUGACUACAGGAGGUGUGCCAGCUGACCCCUCUCGGACGCUGCGGGAAGAGAGUAAAAAGGAGGACACACCUGUGCGAACAGUGGAGGGGCCGCCUCUCACCAUCAAUACGUCACUGAAGGGAGCUGACCUAACCCAGGCAGAAGCCUCACUGAGGCAGGGAGUUGAAGUUCUUGGCCCAGGCCAAGUACCUCCACCCACAGAAGCAGAAUCCGGGCUUCCUGAGACAGCCAGUGAGAACACUGGAACCACCCUGGAGUUGUCUGUAGCAAUCGACAGAAUCAGCGAGGUCCUCAGUAACCUCAAGAUGUCACAAGGUGCCAGUCAAGGGACCUCAUCCAGCAAGCCUGACUGUUGGCUUUCAGAAGAGGCCACGAGGCUGAGUUCAGGGCCUCGCCCUCAGCCCCCAGGGCCACUAACUCCAGACAGUGACAUUCACAGUGGUGAAGCACUUCCCAGGAUCCCUAUCAAUACGCAAGAGAUGGCUACUCCUGGGGAGUUGCUUGAGACCCAAAGUGGCAAUCCCAUUGGCUCUGCAGAAGCUCCAGGCCCUGGGACUGUGUUAGAAGACCAGAUCCCUAAAGGAGCAAGACCAUUUCCACCCAUGCCAAAGAGGAGCAGCAACAAUGGUGGCGUGAGUGCAGAGGAGGAGACAGGGCCUGGGGCUGAGCCUAUGAGAGGACCGAGCUUGGCUACAAGGGACUGGAGAGAUGAGACUGUUGGGACCACAGACCUGCAGCAAGGCAUAGACCCAGGAGCAGUGAGCCCUGAGCUUGGGAAGGACUAUGCAGCCCAGGGCCCAGAGAGAACUGAAGCUCGAAGGUUAUCUUCUGCAGCAGAGGCUGCCGUUGUGGUUCUAGAUGACAGCGCAGCACCCCCAGCCCCCUUUGAACACCGGGUAGUGAGCAUCAAAGAUACCCUGAUCUCAGCAGGCUACACAGUAUCCCAACAUGAAGUCUUAGGAGGGGGCCGGUUUGGCCAGGUGCACAGGUGUACAGAGAGGUCUACAGGCCUUGCACUGGCAGCCAAGAUCAUCAAAGUGAAGAGCAUAAAGGACCGGGAGGAUGUGAAGAAUGAGGUCAACAUCAUGAACCAGCUCAGCCACGUGAACUUGAUCCAACUUUACGAUGCUUUUGAGAGCAAGAACAGCUUCACUCUGAUCAUGGAGUAUGUGGAUGGAGGUGAACUCUUUGACCGGAUCACGGAUGAGAAGUACCACCUCACUGAGCUGGAUGUGGUCUUGUUCACGAGGCAGAUCUGUGAGGGUGUGCAUUACCUGCAUCAGCACUAUAUCCUGCACCUGGACCUCAAGCCGGAGAACAUACUGUGUGUCAACCAGACAGGGCAUCAAAUUAAGAUCAUUGACUUUGGACUGGCUAGAAGAUACAAGCCUCGGGAGAAGCUAAAGGUGAACUUUGGUACUCCGGAGUUCCUGGCCCCAGAAGUUGUCAACUAUGAGUUUGUGUCAUUUCCAACAGACAUGUGGAGUGUGGGAGUUAUCACCUACAUGCUACUCAGUGGCUUGUCCCCGUUUCUAGGGGACACAGAUGCAGAGACCAUGAAUUUUAUUGUGAACUGCAGCUGGGAUUUCGAUGCUGACACCUUCAAAGGGCUGUCAGAGGAAGCCAAGGACUUUGUUUCCCGGUUACUGGUCAAAGAGAAGAGCUGUAGGAUGAGUGCCACGCAGUGCCUGAAACAUGAGUGGUUAAAUCACCUGCCUGCCAAAGCCUCGGGCUCCAACGUUCGCCUCAGGUCCCAACUACUGCUGCAGAAAUACAUGGCCCAGAGUAAAUGGAAGAAACAUUUCCACGUGGUGACUGCAGUCAACAGGCUAAGGAAAUUUCCAACGUGUCCCUAAUCUUCAACUCUGCUGCUCCACUGGGCCUGGGAAUUCUUGAGGCAACACCAAGUGGUAAUAUGAAGAGAUUACUCAAGAUUUUAUGUAGUCUGGCGCUUUGCUAUUAUUGAUUGUUCUUAUUUUGCAAAGAAUGAUGGAAGGAAGAAAGCGAGAAAGAAAAGAAGAAAAGGGGAAAGAAAAGGAAAAGGCAGAAAGCAAGAAAACAGGCUACGUUGUUGCUCUUCUUGUAGAUGAAAGUGUUUUUAUUAAAAGCCCUAGGAACGUUUUUCUGCCUUGUAAGGUCAGCAGGUCUCAUUCUGCCUCAUAAGGUCAACAGGUCUCAUAUGCUGCUUCCUCCCAGGCACCCUUCCUUUUGGUAAUAAGAGCAGGCAUGCUCAGGAUGGGCAGGGAAAUCCUACUUGUCUUUUGGUCAAAUUUGAAUUCUAAAAUUGUCAUGAUUAUAGAAGCCAGUAGGGAGAGAGGGAUGGAAGAGGGAGGAAUUAGGUCUGACAGUGGGGGAUGAAUAUGACUGAAACAUAUUGUAUAAAAUUCUUAAAGAAUUAAUAAAAUAUAUUUUUAAAUGAGUCAGUAGAUUUGAGCUGCUUGCUACUUUAGUGAAAGAAGUUUCUUUUUACAGUGGGUAAUAGUGCAAAGACUCAGAAUUGAUUGAAGUACAAACUGUGCACUCAGCUCUGGGUGAGUCAAUUCCCCCUGUGCAAGGCUCACGGAGCGUCUCAGAAGAAGGGGCAGAAAGAAUGUAAGAGCUGGUAGAUGAAGAUGAGCCCUACGAGAUGUCGUUAAGACAUGACAUGGCUUUUGUAGGCAUCCACUCACAGUGUCUGUGGCUACCUGCACAAGAUCAAGUUGGUCAAAAUUCCAUUGAGGAUGGGAGGAAACUCCUGAGGCCCACCCCUAUUGGUGGAGCUACUGGCAAUUGACGGCUGAUGAGGCGGGGAGAAUCAUUCUCCUUCAGCCUCUAGCAGUAGAUGUUCAUGCCCCAGUGGCUGCUACAUACCCAUGUGCCAUGGGCAGUACUAAUUAGUCUGGGAAGGUUAACUAAUAGCAAAAAACAAAAUAAAUAAAUAAUGAGAAAGAGUACACGUAGGUGGGAGGGAGAUGGGGCAGGACAUUAGGGAUAGUUGAAAGCAGGUAGACGAAUAUGAUCGAUAUGCAUGUAUUAAUGUGUGGAGUGUUCAAAGAAUAAAAAAUAUCAUUUAAAACAGAACUCAGUAGAUUCUUUUGCAAGGAAAGGCAUGCUAUCCGUUGUUUCUUCCAGUGCAAAGACUUCCAGUGUCAAGAAUUCCAGAAAUAUGAAUACAUUAGGAUCUCUGCUCUCAGGAUAUGUGAGGAGAGCAACCCUUAAAGAUGUUUUAACUUCUCUUUUAACUAUCAACAUUGUUCAAGCAGUGGUGGUGCAUGCCUUUAGUCCUGUGAGGCAGAGGUGGGUAGAUCUCUAUGAGUAUGAGUCCAAUCUGGUCUACAGACUGAGUUCCAGGAUAGCAAAAGAAGCCACACACGGUUUGAACUUUGUAAUCGUUCCUCCAAAAUAUCCAUUCAAAUUAACAUCAAUAAUUUAACUCCAUGUGCCAAGUAUUUAUAUUGUUUCUGCUCAUAUUGUCUCCAAAAUGUGGCAUGUAAUUUAUACUUACAACACAUGCCAGUUCAGACGCUAUGCUUUUAUUAGAUAGAAUCUGUAUGUAAAGUUCAUAAAAUAUACUGUAGAAAACGAACUCAUACAGUCAAAUACCUUGAAACAUACUUAAAACUUUUUCUAAUAAUUAAAUGAGGUAUCCAUUUUUACACUUAGUUGAAAUUAGAAAAUUACUUU